GGAUGGGGCAAGCAAUGUGAGAGUAUUUCACGUGUCAUGCCCCAUGGUUUAGAAGCGCUGAUUCGUAAGAUCAAUGAGUCUGAUCAUGAUAAGAUCUCAUGCAUCAUUGCAGACGGGACCAUAGGAUGGGCAGUGGAAGUUGCUGUGAAGAUGGGGAUCCGAGCAGCUGCGGUUUGCCAGUGAGCUUUUGUGCCUUACUGUUUCACAUUCCGAAGCUGAUCGAGGACAGAAUCAUCGACACGGACGGAUUUCCAACAACACAGCAAAUGAUCAAGCUCUCCCCAACCAUGCCAGAGUUCAACACCACUCAGCUAGUGUGGCUCUUCGUCGGUGACCGUGACGCGCAACGGUCCCUCUUCCGAUACUUACACGAAUGCACCCAAGCUGCCAAAUUGGCCGACUGGCUUCUUUGCAACUCAUUCUACGAGAUUGAGCCAUCCGCCUGUGAGUUGGUUCCAAACAUUAGGCUCAUCGGCCCUCUUCUAGCAGGAAGACGGCUUGGGCGGCUCGAAGGGAACUUCUGGCCUCAACACCCCACUUGCCUAAGCUGGCUUGACGAACAGCCUUCCCGCUCAGUAGUCUACAUUGCCUUUGGCAGCUUUACUAUCUUCAACCGACGUCAAUUCCACGAACUGGCACUUGGACUCGAACUUUCCAAUCGUUCAUUCCUAUGGGUAGUGCGGCCAGACCUCACCGACGGACUAUUGGAUGCCUACCCAGAUGGCUUUGAAGCUAGAGUCGCGGGUCGUGGGCGAAUUGUUGGAUGGUCACCUCAACAAAAGGUGCUGGCCCACCCUUCGAUUUCCUGCUUCUUGACUCAUUGCGGGUGGAACUCGAUCAUGGAGGGGAUAAGUAAUGGAGUUCCUUUCUUAUGCUGGCCUUACUUUUGUGACCAGCUCCAAAACCAAAUAUACAUUUCUGAUGUUUGGAAGGUUGGGUUGCACCUGAAACACUAUUCCAGUGGGAUCAUACCAAGAGAAGAGAUUAAGGGAAAGCUGGAUGAAUUGCUUGGUGAUGAGGGUAUAAGAGCGAGAUCUUUAGAGCUCAAGCAGACUGCCCGAAAGAAUGUUGCCGAAGGAGGAUCUUCGUUUAAGAAUUUCAACGAUUUCAUUGAAGCAAUCAAGUUAGAGAAGUGAUUAGCAUGAAUCGCGCAAAUAUAACAGAGAUGGGCCAUUCAUUAGGUGGGUGCCACCGUGAACAAGCAAUAAGUAAAAUCAAGCUGAUUAACUCGUCGCUGGGGCUACAAAUGUAUGGGAAGAAUGAAAAAAGAUGAGCAACAGUCUAUAUUGAACGCACAUGUGUGGUUCACCUGAUGUUUGAGCCUUCUUUAUUAUUAUUAUUAUGUUUUUUUUAUCCAUGGCAUAUUUAAAGACUUUCAA